AGCGGUUCCCUGUUUAAUUCUACAAUUUAUUUAGGUUAUGACUUAACUUAUGGAUCCAGGUGAACAAUAGAUCUAGGAAAAUGUCAUUGAAAAUUCCGUAUUCGCAGACCGCUCGUAAAUUCAGGGGAACCUUCGGAGUGGGAAGUGGACCCAGUGGACGAAUUAAGCGUUUGAGAAUGUGUGUUACAGGUCUUAUACGACACGAAAGAAUAGAAUCAACGUUUGCACGAUGUGAUGAAACACGUGGAUAUGCAGAGAGAUUAAUAAAUAUUGCUUCAAGACAUGGUGAUAAAGACCAGUAUGCAAUGGAAGUAGCAGACUACUGGUUACUUGAAAAAGAUUUAAUUCACAAACUUUUCAAAGUCAUAGUACCAAGAUAUGAGAACCAGAGGUAUAGCUAUACAAAGUUAUACAUGUUACCCAAGGAGCUACCAGGUUAUGGCAAAGAUAUGGGAGUUCUUGAACUAAAAGAUAACCCAUGGCCUCAGGUUGUUCCAAAGCAAAGAGAGACAAAAUAUUUCCUCACAAAUAUGUUAGUUGAUGAACUACGGAAGGAACAUCACAGAACAAAAAGAUCACCAUUUGUAAACAAAAUAUUAGAGACCUCAGCCGAUAAUAUAGACAUUGAUUCAAUACAAAAUCAGUACAUACUAGACAAUCUUGUAGACAAUGAUGAAGGAAAGACAAAAAAUGAUCAAUCGCAUGAAAAUAAAAAUGACUGAUAGUGUUUAUUUAA